UCCAGCUUUUUGGAGAAAAUGUUGAGGAUAUGGGUGGGGUUUUGAAGGAAAGGGAGGGAAUGAGCGGAGGGAGAAAGUAGGGUGAUGUGUAUCCUGUGGAUCCGCCGCUGUUGAGUGUUUCGGAUUGCAAACAAUUCUCGUGCGUCAAACUGCAUACAGUGAGCCAUCAUGUUGAUCCUGGCCGGGAUAGUCCUCCUGCACAUCACCACCAUCAUCCUGCUCCUGGUGGCCACCUUGGAUAAUGCUUGGUGGAUGACCGAUAAGCUGUCCACAGAUGUGUGGGGACGCUGGGUGCUCCAAGGGAACGACUGGCACUACAAGGAGCUGAACCUCGCCGACUACCCUAAAGAGUAUCUGCAGGUAGUGCAGGCCACCUCUGUCCUGGCCUGUAUCUUUGCCAUCUUGGCCCUGUUUGUGUUUGUGGCUCAGCUGUUCACUCUGGGGAAAGGACAACGUUUCACAUUCUCGGGAAUCCUGCAGAUGCUCUCUUGCCUGUGCAUCAUGAUCGCCGCCUCGGUCUACACCUCAGAGUUCAAGUUCCGACAGGAGGGCGGGUUUGGACACAGCUAUGUGCUGGCCUGGAUCUCCUUCGUCCUCACCUUCAUCCUGGCCGUCACCUACAUCGUCCUGAGGAAGAAGAGCGACUAGGGGGGGGGGGGGGGGGUGGGGGGAGAGAUUGGUCUUGGCUGAAAAUCAUUUGGGAAAGAUUUAUUUUUUAUUUUUUAAAAGGGGUUGAAUUGUAUUUGUCUUUCGAUGUGUUGAACCUGCCACAGAUGUGAAGAUGAAAGUCUAGAUGAAGUGGGGGGGGUUGAGACGCUAGUUAGGCUGUGUGGGGAGUUUUCCGGGGUUAGGAGGGGGAUGGCGGGGGGUAUCGAGGCAUUGGGAUGGGGUAACUCGAAAGGAUAGAUGUGAUGGAACGUAGUAGAGUUCCUGGGUGGGCGAGUUGUCUUAAUUCCUCUUUUGUGGCAGCAUGAUCCUAUGAUCAUAGAUUUACCCGUAAAUAAUUUGAUGUGUAUCGCCACUGUGCCUAAAGACAUUUAGAGAGCGAUGAUAAAAAAAGAUCUAUAACUGAGCCCAUAGCCAUUUCUUUUUGUAUAGUUGGUGAAGCUAGGAGGGGGAUGUAUUAGUCAUAAGCGUUUUCUGAGUAUACAGCGAGUACCAUGGGGUUACCUGUGAUUACAACGUUAGUGUCGGGACAGUGGUACUGUAUUGAAGAACACAAAGCAGGGCAAGAGAACUUCCACAUUCCCACUGCAGUACUGGAAUCAGGAAAGAGUCCCCAUGGCUUGACGCAGCGUGUACUACAAAGUUGUAUUGCUAUUUGAAGUAUAUGUGAAGUAAAAAAGUGGAGUAUAUCUUACCUUUUUAUGUUUGUGUACUCUGUGGCAUUGUAAACAUUUAUAAUAUUUGUAUACUUUUUUGAGUUUGAGACCAUGUUUGACUGUUGUUGUGUUGUAGUUGGCUGCUAUCUUAGUAAAGUACAUAUCAUUUGUACGUGUGAACAGAAAAUGAAUGGAGGACAAUGGGCUUUCCCGCCACCAUAGUACAUUGUAAGCCAUACCAUUUAUUAAUAAAAAGAAAAAAAAGAAACACGA